GCUGUUUCUUUCUCCAGAAACUUCAUUUUUAUUUCUCACCUUUUAUUCUGGGUCUCGUGUGCCCCCCUCCCUCUGGUUUGUGUCUGGAGUCACUGGUGUCGGCUGUCUGCGAGUGAGUCCAACGAUUCUGACAGGAGAAAAGACCGGAGACGAGUUUUCAGCACAAUGAAAGUUCAGCUGCUGCUGCUGCUGGCCCUGGUUGGCCUUUUUUGCGCCUUCGCACGUGCAAGCCCCACAGGACUUUACAGCACUGCGACAGGAGCCGAAGUCACCUCUGCAACUAAAACUGCAACAGAGGAUGCUGAAGUUACCGAUCCUCCUCCCACCGCACCACACACUGCACCUGAAGUUGCAGAUACAACUGCACCGUCUACCGAUGUCAGUACCGAAGAGAGCACAGUUGAACACGAGCCUUCCACUGAUACAUGGACCGCAUCAUCGGAACCGAACACUUUGACGCCUGCCGGCGAGACGGCAGCUCCCACAGAGGAGACCUCGACUACUACUUCACCUGCUGCCGAGGAGACCACGACUCCUGCUGCAGCUCCCACCGAGGAGUCCACAACUCCAAGUCCACCCGAGGAGUCCACAACUCCAAGUCCACCCGAGGAGACCACAACUCCCACGGAGAUCGAAACGCUUACUGAUCCUGUAGAGGAUGAGGUCCAAACUAACAUCAUAGAGAAGAGCUUCACGAGCGAAGAGGUGACCGUUGAAGAAAGCAGCGAGGAAGGCUUGAGCUCUGGACAGAUAGUCGGGAUUGUGAUCGGUGCCAUCGUGGCUGUGGUGAUCAUCAUCGCUGUGGUGUUUGCCUUUGUGAGGAGGAUGGGCAAAUACUCACCUUGAGGAAAAAGCCGAGCAAGCAGCAGGAUCGUGUAAAGUUCUGGAAAUUUUAAACUACUGAACUGUGAUGUUGGUUUUGAUCCCAUUUGAAUAGAUAUAUAAAAAGCACAAAACCAGAACUAAACUAAUCUAAGAUGGAGUCUGAACUGGUGCCAAACAAAGAGGAGCAGGAAGGUUUGUUUGUGUUGAUGUAUGUGAUGCAUGUACUGUACUGUUUGCGAGACAAGAGGGGCGCACGAGCCAACAUCCUCAUGCCCACCCGCCACCUCUCACAUGUUAAGGAGCUGCUGACACUAAAGGCUACGCCUUCCCCCAAUCCCUUGAAAACAACAAAACCAAGUGACAGCAGACAAGUUUUUUUUUUUUUUUAAGCAUUUUGUUGAAUAAAAAUGAAGAAACAGAUUGUAUGAGACAUGCAGAGGGUGUUUCUGUCUGCUGAAGUGGUGGAGUGACUUGACUUUAAUUGCUGUUAAAGCUGGAGAAAAGCAUUUAAGUGAAGAAAUGUGUGAAACGAACAAAGAGGCUGGAAAUCUAAAUCAGGAAAUACUAUUUUAAAUCCACAAGAUUCAUGUAUAUACAACGCAGGGGCACUACUUAGCAUACAGCAAAUCACUU